AUGACCAACCAGCAUCAGAGUGGACCCAGUGCACAAAAGCUGCCGGCUACGGCGGCUCUGGAUAACUUGAAUUCAGCCAUGAUGAGAAAAGUGCAAUCCAGUGUUAACAUGUCCGAUUGGUCUCGAGCAUCAUCGUUUCGAAGCACGCAACCGAGAGAUGCAGUUUCCGAGCCAUUCUCUACCUCCGAUAUGUUCAACUCCCUGAACGAAAACAUCCAGACCAGUCCAUUGGACUUUCCCGUAAUCAAGUGGUCACCCUACAUGGGCGGAGAACCCAACCAGGCUAGGCAACAGCCAGUUGCGUUGGCUCAUCACUCUGCGCCGAGCAAGCUCUGGGGACAUGCCAACAAGAUCCUUCGUCACCAUGCUGGAUAA